GUGCAGGUUGUGCACUGCACAAGGGCACCUCCACCGCCCCGAGCCCCCAAGGGAUGAGGGUUGUGUCUGAUCCAGGGGCAGGGGCACAAAGUUGAGCUUAGACAAGCUCCUAGACUUCUGGUUCCAUCCACCACUCUGCUGACUGGCGAGACAAAGCCAGAGAUCCUUUUUGUUUCAGAACCUGGAGACUCCCCCAUACUAGCCUCCUGUCCUCUGCCCAAGACCCCUGGAGCUGUGGAUAACACUUCAGUGCCCUGAGAGUCCCCUGAUUGCUGAGUGGUGGGUUUUCUCUAAGCUGUCAACACUUAAGUCCACCUUCUUUGGCAGCUCCCAGCAAACUCUCCCCCACCAAGUGAGGGAGGGGCCCUCUCUCCAGGUCCUGGACCAAAUCUCCCAAGCGGCUGCCACUCUUGGCCCGUUCUUGCUCAAGAACCGCUGUGCUUCCUUUCCUCCCCAGGGUCAAAUCUCCAUCAACCCCCAACAUGGCCACCUGCACUCCAGCCAAGAGGCUAUGCUCUGGGCCCAUAGCUGCCCGCCAGCACCCCUGCCCCAUCCUUCCUGGGUGCCCCUCUUCCCACAGGGUGUAGGCUGGUCCGGGGUGGAGAGGCCGCGCUCGCACUCAUCCACAGGACCCAUGUGUAUUCAGCUAAGUGUGAGGUGAGACGGUGCUGGAGGCCAAAACAGAGGAGCUCUACCGGGAUCCCAAAGGAAGCGUUUGUUCCUGGAUGUGGCAGCACCCACGUUUCGUGGCCAAGAAACGGGGCUCCAUGGUGGAAAUCAAGUGCCACCUGGAGACCCGGGGCAACGUGAGCUGGCUCCGGAAGCAGAAGAUGGACUCGGAGGCCCAGAUAUUUCUCCCCGAAAAGGGCCGCAUCCUCCAGACCCAGAACGCCUCUGAGGCCACGCUCAUCAUCCAGGACGUCCAGUUUCAGGACAACGGCAUCUAUUUCUGCGAGCAGAAGUGCUUUAACUUGUCCCUGAGGACAGAGCGCGGCUGUGGCACCGAGCUUCGGGUCAUGGGGUUCAGCACCUUGGCGCAGCUGAAGCGGCGGAACACGCUGAAAGAUGGCAUCAUCAUGAUCCAGACCCUGCUCAUCAUCCUCUUCAUCAUCGUGCCCAUCUUCCUGCUGCUGGACAAGGAUGACAGCAAGGCGGGGAUGGAGGAAGAUCACACCUAUGAGGGCCUGGACAUUGACCAGACAGCCACUUAUGAGGAUAUAGUGACGCUGCGGACAGGAGAGGUGAAGUGGUCGGUGGGUGAACACCCAGGCCAGGAGUGAGAGGCCGGCCCUCCCCACGCCCCUGGGCAUAGCCCGCAGGGCCCUCACUGACUGCUUCAGAGCCGCCCGGCUCCCAGCCCAUCCCCUUUACCCUGGACCCCCUGUCCGCCUCCAAAGCUGGCCCACCAGGUCCGCCUGCCCCUCCAGCCCUUGGUCCCCAUCUCUUGCCAAAGGGACUGGAGCGGAAGGGCCACAGGGCAGUGAUUUGGAGCAGGGAGUUCUCUGGGGCUAGACUGGACCCAGCCUUCUGGGGGUGCUAUGCGGGGAUCCAUCCCCUAUUCAGGAUGCGGAAGGCAGAGACUUGUCUGGAACCUGCAAAUGGACUCGGAAGAGCCCGGCUUCCUGUAGAGCCCGGGAAGGGCCCUGGCCCACCCCCAUGUGGCUGCAGAUGGGCCACCGAGAGCUGCAUCCCUCUCCCACAUCCUCUCCUGCUCUCUCCCGCCCUCCCCCGCCCCAGGGGGCUGCUGGCCUUGAGCCCUUUCUCCCACAGAAUAAACAAUGUGUCUUGAGA